CGACAACGUAAGUUACGCAAAAUAAAUGUGUGACGUUGUGUUUCUGUGACAUAAUUUGAAAUCACUACUGUACAGCACAAAAGACAAGUCAAAGAUAAGUGGAAGACACAAAAUUGAAAAAAUCAACGAUAUGGAGAAGGAAUUUUCUUCUACAAAUUCAGAAGGUCCUCUGGACGGCCCGCAUGCGUCAAAAAAGAUUAAUGUCAAUCAUAAGCCGGGAAAUACUAACACAUAUAACAAAGAGAAAUAUACGCCAAAAAAGAAACAUUCACCGAUAUACCAUCCAAACGUUCAAAAGGUGCCAGCUAAACUAAAACAUCUUUCAACUGAUUCCCAUGUUUCGAGAAAGGAAGCUUUUCAGUUGGAGAAAGAAGAAGAAGAAAACGAAGAGAAAGAAACCCCAAGAGAUACCCACAAAAAAACACAUUCUGAAGAGACGAAAAAUGAAAAAGCUACACAUUCAAAAGAAAAAAUGCAUACAAAGGAGGCACUUCUAAAGGAGAAACACCAUGCUAAGAAGACGCAUCCAAAAACGACACUCAAUGAUGAUGAAAUAGAGACACAUCUUAUGGAAAUACACAAUUUAAAGAAAUCACAAGCAAAAGAUGUACACGAUGUAAAAGCGCUGGAUACAAAAGAGAAACAUAAAGAAGCACAUCCACACGAUGUAAAAGUAGCACAUCCAAAGGAGAAGCACGAUAUAAAAGAAGCACAUUCACACCAUGUUAAAGCAGCGCACCCAAAGGAGAAGCACGAUAUAAAAGAAACACAUUCACACCAUGUUAAAGCAGUACAUCCAAAGAAGAAACAUGAUGAUAAAGAAGCACAUUCACACCAUGUUAAAGCAGCGCACCCAAAGGAGAAGCACGAUAUAAAAGAAGCACAUUCACAUUAUGUUAAAGCAGCGCACCCAAAGGAGAAGCAUGAUAUAAAAGAAGCACAUUCACACCAUGUGGAAACAGCACAUCCAAAGAAGGAGCAUAAUGUAAAAGAAGCACAUUCAAUCCAUGUAAAAGCAGUACACCCAAAAGAGAAAGAUGAUGUGAAGAUAGCAUAUUUAAAGGAAAUACAAAAGGAAAAUGAUAUCAUGGAAACACCACCAACAGAUGUAAAUAGUGGAAAGGAAAACCAAUAAAAAGAGGAAAGUAAUACAAUGGAAACACGACCAACAGAGGCAAAUGAUUGGAAGGACAAUAAACUAACAGGGGAAAUUAAAUGAAGAAAAUAUACUACCAAAAGAUGCAAAUAAUGAAAAUAACAGACAACAAACAGAGGACACGAAUGAAACACAAUCUAUACUGAAAAUUAUGUAAAAUAAACUGAUAUCACAGAGAUA